AUGAUUUGGUACUUGUUAUAUCCUUUACGAGGGACGACCGAGCCCCCGGAUCUCGCACCAUCGCAUCCCCUUCGUCGUGGCUUCUCCCGUUAUGGUCGAUAUGUCGCUGGCCAUGUUAUCACUGCUCUGCUCAUAUCCGCAACUGUCGCUACCAUACUCAUCUAUCCUAUCCCUUAUCUCUUCACCAGGGAUUUUGUGAAUGGCGCAUCAUAUCUACCUCAUCAUGUCUGGACCGUGGCUCAACCGCUUGCGUAUGAUGCUACCGUGGAACCAGACAUUAUCAUGAGGUCCGUGUGGGUUCAUUCUAGCUACAUGGAAGCUCUCAACCCCGAUCUACUUGCGUCGGCAUUGCAUCUCCAGGACGAACUUUUGGGGGAGACCAAAAAUUUCAGCCCCAGAGAUGCGCCACACAAACUGGCGACUUCCCAAAAUGACGCCGAGUUAUCGUUGGCUCAACGAGACGCCCUGCACAUUUCCAACGGCCUUACGAACCAGUCGUGGUUUUUCCAUUCGCCAUUGCUCUACUGGCAAGGCUCCCGAGACAACUUGUUGGCGGAUCGUGACAUUCUCUCCACUAUUAAUGAUAGGAAAAACCAGUCCAACUUCGCCAAUACUACACUCCGCCAUUCCGUCGUUUUUAGUGGAAAACGUUUUGAGGAUCGACGACUAGUUGCUGCUGAUGCUAUUGUUAUCACUCUUCUUUGCCUGGGGGACUCCCCCGUUGGCCGUGAAUGGGAGAAACGGGCGCUAUCUGUUACUAAGAAACUGUCUAACCAGUUUGACGUUUAUCCAUCCGAUGGCAGGUACGCGAGGAGCCAACUAUACGAAUUCCAAUUUCGACCUAUUUCAGUUCAAGAUAUCCUCAGCCUAGCAUUUGCCUAUGGCUUCGCAUUAUUCUAUUUUCUCAUGAGUCUCUCAAAGCUACGAGCCGUCAAGUCAAAGAUUGGACUCAUUGUCACAAUUGUUACUCAAAUCGCCUUCUCCAUCAUGUCGAGUUUCACUGUUUGCGCAAUACUGAACUUUGACUUGUCACGGAUUCCGCAAGGCGCGUAUCCCCUCGUUGUGCUAUCCAUGAGCUUGGAGAAUAUAUUUCGGCUUAUAAAUGCUGUUAUUCUUACCCCAUCGGAGGAUAGUACAAGCAACAGAAUUGGCCACGCAUUUGGUCAAACCGCUCUUACUGCACUGGCUAGUUCGCUGCAGAAUGUCUUGAUUCUCGUUGGCUUAUCUCGCAUGGUGUCCCCGGGAGUGGCUUCAUUUUGUGUCUUUGCAGCCGUUGCCAUUGUUUUUGACUUUUUUUAUCUUUCUACCUUUUUUUUGUCUGUCCUUAGCGUCGACGUGAGACGUAUGGAAUUAGGAGAUGCGCUUGCCAAAGCUGCUUUGCGACAAAGCCGACGCAAACAGCUGGGAAACGGCCGUGGCCCCUGGACCGACGGCUUUUUUCAGGGGAAAAUUGCCUGGUCAACACGGAUUGCGGGGACUGUGAUUAUGAUUGGAUUUGUCGUUAUAGCGCAGUGGCAUUUCUUUGGCGAUGACAACAUGUUUCGAAAACUUCUGCGGCUUUACAGAGGCACUGACACGACUUUACUCCGAACAUCCGACUCGGCAUUGUUAAAAGGUCUUCAUCAGGCCAGAGGUCAUACCUCGUGGCUGAGAAAUCAGGACCACGAAACAGCCAAGGAAAUCAUUCGGCUAAUUAAGCCUGGAGCUUACAGCUACGUCGCUAGAGUCUUUGAGCCACUCGUAUUCGUUCAGCGAAACUCUGAUCGAAUACCUCACAGCAAAGAACCUACCCUUCUACCCGCUGCAUAUGACUUUGUUCAUCACCAGCUAUCGCGCUUUGUUGUAAUAGUGGUUGUGAUUGUGGCCGCUCUUCGACUGCUCAUGAACUAUCUGCUGUGGGGUGAAGACGAGGAGCAGCGGAAUCGCGAGGAACAGGAUGAAAACCCCAUGGUUUCAGUCAAAUCCAUGGGUGGUGGUCACAUCCUCGACGUCGCCAUGCUGAGCAAAUCAAAAGCGGGACAUAUUGUAUCUGUUGGCCUCGACAGAGUCGUCCGAGUUUGGGAUGUUCGGGGACAGGGGUGUAGUUAUGUUGUGGCAGACGGAAAUGACACUGAGUUAUGUCCGUUUCCCAUAUUAGCCAUGUCGGUUGAUGACACAUGUACCUGGCUGGCUCUGUUGUCGACGUCACAGGUAUCAUUCUGGAAUCUGCAAGAGCAUAGAUGGGGCGGUUCUGUACCCUUGGAAAGCACCUCGCAGCGACCCGCUGCGUUCUUCUUCGAAUCUCGCUCAUAUACCGACAAACCGACCAUUAUACUCGUGCAUCAUAAUGGUACAUUGGUCGAACUCACUUCUGGAGCACAAAUUGCUAGCAGCGUGACUUCCAUUUGCCCUGAACCGCUGGCGCUUGCUCGUGUUCUUUUCAGGAAGAGCAAUACGGAAGCGUUACCAUUCGUUGUGACUGUCUCCAAACAGGGGCAAGUCUACGUUAGCAGGAGACAGGAGUCGUCAUGGACCACCCGGCUCAUGGAUUUGAAUCUCCCGAACGCCAAAGGAAUCGCUCAAAUCGUGCCAAUUUCUCCUCUCGGAGUGUUUGCUUUGGCAACAAAUGAUUGCGUCUACUUUAUUGAUGCUGAGGAGGGUGAUGUGCUCCGAAGCUUCCAAACUGAGAGAAUGGCUGCUAAAUCUCUUCAAUGCACGUACUCGCCUAAUCCAACUUCUGAACCGGGCUCACUUGGAUUAGCAUCCUUGACACUGUGUUAUGUUGGUGUAGAGACUGGCGACUGUGUGUUGCAAACCUAUGUCCCCAGGGAUGAUGGGGAAGCCAUUUAUCUUCGAAGCAGGAAAGUCAAGGCGGAUGGUGAUGACUGUAGCUACGAGUCAUCAAGGGAGAUAAAAAAAAGAGUCAAGAAUCCUGGAACUUGGCAUGUCCUCUCAGACGGCAGUGUGGUUGGCAUACGACUGGUGCUUCACAGAAAUAACCGGCACAACCACACUAACUCCGGACUACGUCGACGACAUGCAAUGGAACAAAGAAACCUAUAUUCCUUUGCCAAUUGGGAAGUGUGGGCAACUUCACCUUGCGAUAAACCAGAUAUGGAGGAAUGCCGACCUCUCUUCGAGAUGAGAGAUGAGUCAAGCCACUUGGUGGUGUCAGACUUAGGACCAAAAGUCUCGGUCGGACUUCGAUCCGUGGCUUUUGCGUUUGGCAACGUUAUUAAGCUGGUAACUUCUGGUCCACUUGAGCAAUACGAGGUUGAUGCUGCAAAUAACAAUUACGAUGCACUGGUUGGUACGGCAAGUAGGCGCCGCAAGGCAGGACAGGCAGGAAGGACAAGAGCGACCAGCUGA